AUGUCGCAAGCCCAGUUUGACAAUGCCGUAAAAAUUGUCCAGGGUCUCCCCAAAGACGGGCCCAUCCAGCCGAAACAGGAGGACCAGCUCUUCUUCUACAGCUACUACAAGCAGGCCACCGUCGGCGAUGUCAACACCCCGCGCCCUGGCCUGCUGGAUUUCGUUGGGAAGGCCAAGUGGGAUGCGUGGAACAAGGUGAAGGGCACUUUGAAGGAGGAGGCGAUGGAGAAGUACGUCAAGCGGCUCAUUGAGGUUCUCGAGGCUGCCAACAACGACGAAGCCAGGGAGUACAUCGCGGCCAUCAACUGCGCCUAA